UCUGAUGUUGAACGUUCUCAUCGGUAAGUUGUUCGACCCCAAGCCGAGAGGUGAACCUGACUCAAUCCAUGUCUCUCAUCAACGUGGCCUUCUUCCGCGGCGACGACGAGUGGCGUCUGACCUGGAUCGGCUCACGACUCAAGCACAUCGAAGCCGCCGAGAACUUGUCCUAUCACCUCACUGGCUCACGGCGCAAACACGAUUUUUUCCCUAGCGAGAUAUACUUCACUGCGUCGCCUCAGCAACUGGAGGCGUACGAGAAGAAGUACGGGGCAACAUGGGACCGGGACUCGGAACUAUUGUUGACGUCAACUCUGAGGAAGCGGAGCACAAGUCCUGGUGGAGGCGAGGCGGUGGAUGUUAUUGUGAAAGAGAAAGAGCAGGAGAUUAGGGAUUUGAAACGGACGUUGGAGACGAUGGCGGAGACGUUGGCGGAUGUGCAGAGGAACGUUCGUGAGAUCCGAGACCCCAAGAGUUAAUUAAGAAUGUAAUGUGUGAUAUCUUAUCCCCUCCCGUUAGAGCGCCUAGAGAAUCAGAAUAAAGAAACCAAAUAUCUACAGCAUAGCGAUUGAGGGGAACGUGGCUAUGACGACCAGAGGAGAAAAUGGCGGUAAUGGGAAGGAUGGCGUAUGUACG